AUGGUAAACAAAGACGAGUGGGUGCGAGCGGCGAUGGCGGACGACACCGUCGUGGUGGAGCUUCUGCUAUGCCUCAAGCAAGGUACCGUUUCGCACAAAUCUCACCAGCAGCUUAUACCUUUCUCCUGGGGUGUGAAACAGUCGCGCUCAAGAUCAAGGCUUAGAGCUGUUGUCUCUCGCAGCGACACCGUUGUUUCAACUACAUGCAGCCCCACCACGCCCCUCUCUUGGAGCGCUGGCACUGACAAUUACGAAGACUCCAGCCGCCGCCACCACCACCACCACCACCACGCCGCCAUAUCUAAGGUUUCCUCCCUCUCUCUAUGUUGUUUGUGGAGGGUUUGGUAA